CACAACGAAGGCGGUAGUGAACGCGGUCGCUUCGGGGCGCGGCGCAGUAUUCGAGUAGCAAAUAAUUAGACAUGGAGCUGAAGGGGAAGGUAGCCCUCAUCACCGGCGCCGCGGCUGGCAUCGGCCUCGCCUACAGUCAAGAACUGCUUAAACAAGGAGCCAAGGUUGCGAUUUGUGAUAUCGACUCGGAAAUCGGCGAGCAAGUGGUCGACGAUCUAGGCUCCAAGUAUGGACGGAAGAAUGUACUAUUCUGUCGCUGUGACGUCACCGACUAUCCCCAAUACGAGGAGGCGUUCGAGAUGACAAUGGAAGUGUUUAAUCGCUUGGACAUAGUGAUCAACAACGCGGGUGUAAUGAACGACCGAUUCUGGGAAUUGGAGGUUGACGUUAAUUUAAAUGGAGUAAUACGCGGAACUCUGCUAGCAUAUCGCUUUAUGAGUAAGGAUCGCGGCGGCCAGGGUGGCACCAUUGUGAACACAGCGUCCACUGCAUUUACCAGGCCUCAGGUUUCCACGCCUAUUUAUACUGCCACUAACUACGCUAUCGUGGGAUUAACCAGGGCUUAUGGGGAUCAGUACCACGUGAAUCUGACUGGCGUGCGGAGUAUGGUGAUUUGCCCAGGCCUAACUGAUACUGGUCUCGUUAAGGAGAUCCGUAAACAGCUCAUGUCCUCUGAGUACGAGGCAGCUUGGCAAAGGGAUAACGCUAGCUGCAAAAUUCAGAGCUCUGAACACGUGGGCCGUGCGUUAGUAGAGAUCCUGGCAAAGGGUCAGAGUGGCUCCGUAUGGAUCGUGGACAAUGGUACACCGGCACGGGAGUGGCGCGGUUAAGUCCAUCUUCGAAAACCCUUUAUUUUAUCGAUUAUGCGUAUAAGCGCAUUUUCCAUUGUGGGUCGAGACGAUUUAGGUAGCCGAUGGAUUGAUUGAUGAUAAAGAAACUGUUUCAAGUAGGACAUGGAAAUGAGAACUAAGGAAUGGCUAUGAAGUCAGACGUGACCCUCGCUUAUCUAGAAAACAUUUUUUACCUCUUUUAUACCCUCCCAAGUCCCAAUAUUUCGAUCACAAUGGAAACAAACAACUAAGGCCACAUCCGCAAUCAUACUGAAUGAGCCUAGUAUUUUCUUAUGUUAAAAUCUAAGUCAUUUAAAAAUUGGGGCAUAUAUACUAUAAGCUCAAAGAAUACGAUAGGAUAGGAAACGCU